GCGGAAAAGUUGGUGUCCUGAGCAAGAUAUGUAUUUAUCUAAAAGUUAUCGUUUUAUACGGCGUGGAUUACACCAGAAAGCGUUCCUUACAAACAUUUUGAAAUCCAGAAAGUUGCAUGGGGGCGGUUCAGCAUACGCUGCACUCGAACAACUUCGAGAUAUCGCUGUGACUCCUGAGCAACCGGAACUCUACCAUGACGCAGUGAAGAUUUACAACCCUGCGUACAGUUUGGAACAGCCAGCCUUUGUCGCUUUUCCAAAAAAUGCUGAAGACAUCAAGCGCUGUCUGAAAAUCGCGGACAAAACUAAUACUCCAGUCGCUGUUAAAUCCGGGGGCCACUGCUUCGCUGGUUACUCCACCACUGACAGUGAUGGUUUUGUCAUCUCCCUUAAAAACUUGAAUCAAGUUCAUAUGCAGGAGAGCUCGGUCACUGUUCAGGCUGGAGCUUGCUGGGGAGACGUGUAUUCUGCGCUUGAUGAUACUGAUUAUGUAGCUGUCGGAGGAUGUGUUCCGGCAGUGGGUAUCGGGGGAUACAUCCUUGGGGGUGGUUACAGUAUGCUGUCUCGUGCCUAUGGGGGUCUGGCUUGUGAUAAGGCGUUGUCAUUUACCAUGGUUAAAGCCGAUGGAAGCAAAGUUGUGAGGGCUUCUGCUAAAGAGAAUGAAGAUCUCUUUUGGGCUUUGAAAGGUGGAGGUGGUGGAAAUUUUGGAGUGAUGGUUGAUGUUACUUUAGAAGUGUGUCCAAGACCUAAACAAUUCAUCUGGACCCGUCUCAUUUAUAACACAACUGAUCAGAGUGAACAAGGGCUCAGUGUGGUGGGUAAAAAUUUACACAAUUUCCCUAAGGAACUCAAUCUUGACAUGGCUCUUCAUGGCUACUUCGGGAAGAAAACACUGACUUUGGAUGCAGUAUAUUCUGACAUUCAUGAGGAUGCAGUGCAGUCAAGCCUUGAAAGUCUUCAUCCACCAGUAGAAACACAACCUCAGGUGUUCACAUCCUUUCUGCAGUUUUCAACUGAAUACAGCAAGCGGCAUGGCUUUGUUCAUCAGGAGGUAGAACCCAUUUAUGUUAAAGGAGUGAUGAUACAGUCCCUACCACCUUCUUUGGCCAAGUAUUUUGCCCAUGUUGAAAUCCCACCAGAAUGUCUUCUUGAGUUUGUUCACAUGGGUGGUGACAUUGCUCAACACUCUGUGACAUCCAGUGCUUUCCCCUUCCGCACUGCUCAGUAUAGCUAUUAUACAUAUGGCAGGUUUCAUAACCCAACUCAGAGAGAGGAGGUUCUUAAGUUUGCAACAACAACCUACAAUGCAGUCAGAGAAUCUGGCUGUGCUCUUGGUAGUUAUGUCAACUACAUGGACCGCCACCUUAAGAACUGGGGUAAGAAUUUUUAUGGUGUGAAUUACCCUCGUCUUUGUGAGAUUAAGGACAAAUGGAAUCCUUUAGGGCAUGGAUCCUUGCAUUUUCAGCAGGAGGUUGGUUCCUCAUGGGAGCCUUGAGUUUUUCCUUUUUUAUAGAAUGAAUGUGCCUUAAAAAUGUAGAAUUGCAAGCAAAAAGGUAAAAAGAAAAAACCAGUCUUAGAACAAUUUUCCCCUAUAGUUGAAUGUUAGCUGAUACUCUGGAAAUUUCCUUUGCCCUCUGUCCCCCUCCCCCCACUGAUUUUCCAGGAGUUAUAUGUUCUUUUAUUUCAAGUUUUCCCUAAAUAUAACAAUGUUCUUAAAACAAUUUUUUAUUCCACUUUGGAAAGACCAAGAAACUAUGAGUUUUAUGAGUACAGUCAAAGUUGGAUCAACUGUAACUGUAAAAAAUCAGACUUUUUGACUUUAAAAGUUAUAGGUGAAUAAAGAAGUAAUA